GUUCAUGCACUUCCACUCACCAGCUUGAGGGGGCUUGAAGAAGUCAACGCAAUCUCAUGAAAUUAGCUUAACCAUGACAAUGAGCUCAAGGAGAAACGCAACCAAAUCCAUUGCAUAAAACAGAAGUUGUCAUGUCUUAUCUUCGUUGUUCCCCCUUCAAAUUUCAACGCCAUGGACUCCGGACGUCACAGAUUAGAGAGGGAUCCCACCAGCUGUCAGAAUUGUCUGUUUUCCUCGUACAUCGCCAUCAUGGUACAGAAUGUCCCAGCACCUUAUGUGGUGGAAGAAAAUUUUGGAGGUUAUUUCCAUGAUCACGAUGACCUUGCAUUAGUUGAGGAGCUUCAGGAUCAGGAAAGCAUAUAUCUAUCGUUCCAAGGAAAUGUUCAUGGUGGCAGUUCUAGGCUGAACAAUGGUCAUGAUAGAAACAUGGGAGAAGGAAAUUCUUCAAGAAUGGCUAGAGUUGAGCAACAGCUAGCUCUUGAUGAGGCAUUAGAUAGAGAACUGCAGGAGUCAGAGAAUCAGCUUGCUUAUACUUCAUUUGGUGAAGUUACCAGAAUUGAAGCUAGUAGUAUCACUCCUGCACAAUCUUUCACCGCAAGUGCUGAGUGCAAUUCUGCAAGCACAUCUUCUCAGGAGUUGCAACAAUGGGGUGAAACCAUAGGUACUGAAAGCAGAGGAUUACCAGAUGAGCUGAUUUCCUUAUUGCAAUCUUCAACAUACAAAGCAGGGUUAUUUUCCAAAAAAGACAAACAUAACAGCAUGCCCAGUAUGCGAUGACGAGGUUCUUGGUUCUUGAGUGGAUGCACACGAGAGCUGCAGAUGAGUAAUGGCUGCAGUAUCUGCAGACGAGUGACAUCCCUUGUGCCAUUUGUGCUGCAGUAUCUGUACAUCACAAACGACUGCACUCCUCAUGUUCGAUUGCUCUUCGACUCCUCUGCUCCGUUUACCGCACAGUUUUUGCCUCAUUUGAACAACUCGGAUGUUCCUCAUGAAUCAGAUUUCCUGCUGUUCUUGUCACGGCAAUCAAAGGCCAAGAAACUGUAGCUCUUCGCAUAAUCGAUGCUGGUUCUUUCCACUGAUUGAUAGAUAUUUGAUGCUACUAUGGGCCCUCAAAACUUGAGGAACAUGGACUUGGAUCUCGGGCUACUAAAGUAUUGUAAUUAGACAGAUUUCUCGAAAGAUUUUGUCAUAUCUAUUUCUCCUACUUGUACAAUAAAAGCAGGAGCAGCGAGAAAGAUUUGAACCAUAGAUUGACACGUAAGAUUCAAAUA